GACGAAAGCAUGGCCAAGAAAAACGUGAACACCAAAAAGAUGAAAAAUAAGAGUUCUAAGAAGGCUUUCAAUAUCGAGACUGUUACUCAACUUGGAGGAACAGAGGAAGAUUUUAAAAUGCUUCAAAAUAUUGAUACUGAUGAAGAUGACAUUGAUGAAGUCAAAUCAGUGAAAAGUGAUGGAAGUGAUACAAGAACUGAUAUUAAAGAAUUUAUAAGUAAAUUAGGGUUUGGAAAUCAAGAUAAAAAGAAAAGAACAAGUAAUAUCAACGAUGCAGAUGAUGAAGAAUCAGAUGAAGAUAAACCACAAAAAAUUAAACAGAAGAAAAAGGAGAAAGUGAAAAAAUCUGCAUCAAAUGAUAAAAACACAGAUAAGAACCAAAAAUCAGUUACAAAGAUGACCCCGAUACCCAAACUAAAGACAAGAGAAACUUCAAGUACAAGUAAUAAUAAUAAAACACCAAAAUUGGAGAAAACUAAGAUAUCAAUUACCGCCUCCGGUCCCACAGCACCCAUAAAAUCUACUAAAAAGUCAAAAAAUAAGUUCAAAGUUCAACAUGAUGAGAUAUCUUCAAGUACAACUUCUCCAGAAGAAGAAAUCAGAAAUCAUAUAGCAUCUUAUCGACCCCGGAAAUUUCUCAUUGUUAAACCCAAUGAGGGUUUAGAGGAUGACAAGGAUGCCAUGGAUAACAACAUAGAUCCAUUACCAUUAGAUGUUGUUCAAGAAAUGGAGAAUUUUGCAGCAAAGCUACUCCAAGAUGAAGUAGAAACUUACAGAAAGAAAAAAGAUGCAUCCAAGAGCUCAGAAGCAAAAUGGAUUCAGACAGUUUUGGCAUCUGGUACCUUGAGUGAUAAAAUGGCCGCCUUAACCUUGUUGAUUCAAGAGUCUCCAGUUCAUAAUUUAUCUUGCCUGGAGAAUUUAGUUAAUAUGUCCAGGAAGAAAGGCAAAAGGGAGUGCAUCCUGGCUACAGAAACAUUGAGUGAAUUAUUUUUAACAGAAGUUCUUCCUUCAAGCAGAAAAUUAAGAAAGUUUAACCAGAAUCCACUGACAUCUCUAGCAAAGAAUAUGUCUGGACAAAAAGAUCUAGUGGAUAAAAAGUUGAUUUUGUGGUAUUUUGAGUCACAGUUAAAACAGAAAUAUUCUAUAUUUAUAAAAGCACUUGAUACCAUGUCACAUGAUACUGUUUUAGCCCCUAAACAAAAAGCAGUCACUUCUAUGUUUAAACUAUUAAGUAAUAAACCAGAACAAGAAAAUAUAUUAUUACCAAUGUUGGUAAAUAAACUGGGAGAUCCUGAUUAUAAAUUAGCAUCUAGAGCAGCUCAUCAUCUUAGUAAAUUAGUUGAGCAACAUAGUAGAAUGACUAUGGUUGUUAUACAGGAAGUAGAGAGACUACUAUAUAGACCUAAUAUAUGUAGUAAAGCACAGUACUAUGCUAUGUGUUUUUUAAGUCAGAUUGUUUUAGAUCUUGAUGAUAAAGAAUUAGCUAUGAAGCUUAUAGACCUCUACUUCUCCUUCUUUACAAUGUAUGUAAAAAAGAGAGAAGUUGAUAAUAAGAUGAUGUGUGUAUUAUUAACUGGUGUUAAUAGAGCUUAUCCUUACGCUAAAGUUGAUCAAAGCUAUAUAAGUGAACAGAUGAAUAAUCUACAUAAAGUUGUACAUAUGGUUAAUUUUAAUACUGGUUUACAAGCUUUGAUGUUAUUAUAUCAGAUAAUGGAUGCAGCUGAAAGUGUAUCCGAUCGUUUUUAUGUAGCUUUGUAUCGUAAGCUAGCAGAUCCAGAACUGAAGUCUUCCUCUAAACAAACCAUGUUUUUAAAUCUGUUAUAUAAAGCAAUGCGUAGUGAUGUUGCUACUAAGAGAAUAAAGGCUUUUUUAAAGCGUCUUUUACAAGUGUGUUCGUAUCAGUCAGCACAGUUUGUAUGUGGUGCUUUGAUAUUAGUUUCAGAGAUUGUACAAGAUAAACCUGGUUUAUUAAAUCUACACAGUACUGGUGAUGAUUCUGAUGAAGAAGAACAUUUUGAAGAUUUGCCUGAACCUGAAGAAUUUAAAACAACUCGUUACCAUAGUGACAGUGAGGCAGCAUUAUCUGAGGGGGAAGUGGAUCUAGGUGAUCAACAGUCAUCCUGGAUUCAUCGAAAAAAUUUGAAUGCUAAAUCGGAUAAUUUAGCCUACGAUCCAUUUCAUCGUAAUCCAUUAUAUUGUCGUGCUGAUACCGCCUGUAUCUGGGAACUUAAAAAACUCACCAAGCAUUUUCAUCCGUCUGUUGUGGUAUUUACGAAAAACAUCUUAAAGGGUGUAAAGAUUACAUACAGUGGGGAUCCAUUACAAGAUUUUACAUUAAUCAGAUUUCUAGAAAGAUUUGUUUAUAAAAAUCCUAAAAAACUUGAAGAUGAUAAAGAAUCUGGUGGUAAGAGUAAAACUGUGAGUAGAUUUCGAUUAAAGCCAUCUCUACCAUCUGGUGUUAGAAAGUUACGAGUAAAUGAAGCAGCUUAUUUAGCAAAAGGUGAAAAGAGAAUUCCUGCUGAUGAAAAAUUCUUCUACAGAUAUUUUCGUCAGAGAGCUGAUUUGGGAAAAAGAUCUAAAAAAGAAGACAGUGAUGUAGAAGAUGUCAGUGACGAUGAAUUUGAAGCAUUCUUAGAUAAUUUUGAAAAACAAGCAGAUCCGAAAGAUGUUUUCAUGAGAAAGGAUUUAGAUUUAGAUUUUGCUGGAGAAUUUUCCAAAAAGAAAGGUCAGAAGAAGAAGAAAAAGGGAGAAGAGAGUUCAAGUUCAGAUGAAGAUAUUGAUGGUGAUGAUGAGGAUGACAAUGAUUUAUCUGAUGAGGAACCAGAAUUUGAUGAGGCUGAAAUGAAAGAAGCAUUUAAAGAAUUUAAUAUGGAUAAUACAGAAGAAAUGGACUUCAAUGAAGAAGAUGUUGCAUUUUCCUCUGAUGAUGAUGAAAAUAAACCAAUUAAAAGUAAGAAGACGUUGAUGAAGAGGAAAGCUAAGAUGGAUGAUAUGUUAGAUUCAGAAUUGAUGAAUUCGGGCAAGAAAAAGAAAAGUAAAAAUAUAGAAGAUUUAUAUGCUGCAGCAGAGGAAUUUUCAACUGUUAUGGAUAGUAAUAUAGAUGAUGUUGAUGUAGAAACACUAGGAUCACAAGCUUUAUCUAACACAGCUAAUAGUGAUAUAAAGCAGGUACGAUGGGAAGUGGCUAGAGAUAAAUGGAUUCAUGAUAAAGAUUGGAAAUCAAAGAAAAGACAAGGCAGUGGCAAAGGACGUCCACAAAAAGCAUUUGGUUCAGGAAGUAAAAAGAAGUUUAAAGCUGGUGGAAGACCACAAAAACCUCGUAAAAAAUAAUACUAUGUACAUCAUUAAUAAAAUCAUUUACAAUA